GCGAACGCAAUCGAAAGCGCAAUCGGACAUUUAUUAUUUACAAUAUAACGAAUAUCGCAAGAACAUAUGGGAUACACACGUUCUGAAAUGGAAAUCUAUGUGUCUCUGUGGGAAACUAGAAAUCAGAUCCUAGCUUUGUCAGUGUUAUUUGCUGGAUGCAUAUCUGGCUAUAUUGAAGAGAGCUAUGGGCAUCACGGAGGAGAACUACUUCAACAUUACGAAGGAGGUCAUGAAGAAUAUCACCAAGAACAUCAUGAACCCUACCACUACCCUAAAUACAAAUUCAACUACAAAGUUAGCGACCCCCACACUGGAGAUGAGAAACAACAGUACGAAGAAAGGGAAGGUGAUCAAGUGAAGGGACAGUACUCGCUCAAGGAAGCCGAUGGUACCACCAGGGUAGUUGAAUACAAAGCUGACAAGCACAAUGGGUUUGAAGCGGUUGUCCACAAAAUUGGGGAACCCCACCACCACGUCGAGGAACAUCACAUCCCCCACCAUUUCGAACAUGAACACUACCAUUGAGUGGGAGGAGAUAUGAGGUGGCAUGUGUCGUAAGGUCGGAAUUUUAUUUACUGUUUUUUUAUUUGUUAAUAAAUACGUUAACAAACGGAGACGGUUUCAUUCUCAUCGUUGAACGACAGUAUUAUAGUCUCAACUGGUUAAAGAUAUUUAUUUUCUAGCAACGACGAGGAAACAAUUCGUGCUUCAAAGUUGGUUCUUAGGUAUAUGAACGGAUGAAUGAAGAAUAAAGAUAUCUACAGCAGGGAAUCUCUACUAUAAAAAGCAUUUGAAAGCCUUACUAGCAAACGGUAAACGGAUUUGCCUAAAAUCCACGCAAGAAUACUUCAUUGAUUUUUUUUUAGAGAAGAAUUAGAAUUAAAUUAGACUUGAGGCAUUUUUAGUUCUACAUAAUAUACGAAACUCGUGGUUUAAAAAUACCAAUUGGGUAGAUUUGUUAGCUUCCAAUGCUAGAAAAUAAACAUCCUAUCAAAAUAUACUUUAUAUAGGUUUUCUAAGGCAUGGACGAG